AGAAGAAAAAAAUAAAAAAUGAGAAAAGAGGUUGCGAACAAGCAGGUUCUUUUCCGAGAUUUCGUAACGGGAUUUCCGAAAGAAUCCGAUAUGGUAUUGAGCACUGGCACGAUUCGGUUGAAGGUACCGGAAGGAUCGAAGGCUGUCCUCGUCAAGAAUCUCUACCUUUCUUGCGAUCCAUACAUGCGUAUCCGGAUGGCCAAGAACGAAGAUGAUGAUGAAUUUACUUCUUUCAUGCCAGGAUCGCCCGUUACCGGCUUUGGAGUGGCUAAAGUUUUAAACUCACGACAUCCGGACUUCAAAGAAGAUGACUUGGUUUGGGGGAUGACUGGAUGGGAAGAGUUCACUCUCAUAUCAGAGCCUGAGACCCUGUUUAAAAUUAAAUACACUGAUGUACCUCUUUCUUACUAUACAAGCAUUCUUGGUAUGCCUGGUCUUACAGCUUAUGUUGGAUUUUAUGAGAUCUGCGCUCCUAAGAAAGGUGAAUACGUCUUUUUGUCAGCAGCUUCUGGUGCCGUGGGUCAACUAGUCGGACAAUUCGCAAAGUUGAUGGGCUGCUACGUUGUUGGAAGUGCUGGUUCUAGUGAAAAGGUUGACCUAUUGAAAAUUAAGUUUGGGUUCGACGAUGCUUUCAACUAUAAGGAAGAACCUGACUUGAACGCAGCUUUAAAAAGGUAUUUUCCCGAGGGCAUCGACAUCUACUUUGAAAACGUGGGCGGUUUGAUGCUUGAUGCAGUACUAGCGAAUAUGAGGCUCCAUGGUCGCAUUGCAGUUUGUGGUAUGAUCUCUCAGUAUAACCUUGAGAAACCUGAAGGUGUGCACAACUUGCACUACGUCGUCACAAAGCGCAUCCAGAUGGAAGGGUUCGAGGCGUUCAAUUACUACUCUUUGUAUCCUCAAUUUCUUGAGGUGGUUCGACAAUAUAUCAAGGAAGGGAAGAUUAUUUAUGUGGAAGACAUAGUCGAAGGUCUUGAGAGUGCUCCGGCAGCCUUAGUAGGACUCUUCACAGGACGCAAUGUCGGGAAACAGGUAGUUGCAGUUUCCCAUGAGUGAUUCUGAGGCACGUUGAAUACACACCCAUGUCAGUACACACACUCCAUGUUAGCUACCCCCACUAGGGAUCGAUACCAAGACCUCAAGUGUUGAAACGAGGUAUCUCCACUCAGUCUGCCAGUUGAGCUAUGGAUAUGGGUGUCGCUAUUACUAUAGUCAUAGAAUAGUCUAUAAUUGGAUUUUACACAUGCAUAGUACUUUUAAGUUUUCCUAUUUCAAACAAUGUUCUAUGUAUCAGUGUGUCGCUAUGUGUCACACCAAUGGAAUACAAAAAUAUGGUGGGAAAUAUCAUAGGUAUUACCUAAUAUCUACUCUUA